CGCCGCGUUGCCCUGCCAGGGUGCGCUCGUCCCGACUAGUGGCGCGAGCUUCGGAAUAAGUGUGGCGCGCGUGCGCGAGAGACGGUCACCGCGCGAGGAAAGGCUCCGACCCUCAACAAUUUUCAUGGAUCUCAAUAGUGCCAGUAGUAUUGUGCUUCAGGUCUUGACUCAAGCCACCAGUCAAGAUACUGCUGUUCUGAAACCAGCCGAGGAACAAUUGAAACAGUGGGAGACGCAACCAGGUUUCUAUUCGGUAUUGUUGACUAUUUUCACAAAUCACACCUUGGAUGUGAAUGUGCGGUGGUUAGCGGUGCUUUACUUCAAAAAUGGAAUUGACCGGUAUUGGAGACGAGUAGCACCACAUGCUCUUUCUGAAGAGGAGAAAUCUACAUUGCGUGCAGGGCUUAUUGCAAACUUCAAUGAGCCAAUAAAUCAGAUUGCUACACAGAUUUCAGUCCUAAUAGCAAAAGUUGCUCGACUGGAUUGCCCUAGGCAGUGGCCAGAACUAAUUCCCAUCCUUGUAGAAUCUGUUAAAAUCCAGGAUGAUCUUCGCCAACACAGAGCUUUGCUUACUUUCUAUCACGUUACAAAGACUUUGUCAUCAAAACGGCUUGCUGCAGACAGAAAACUUUUCUAUGAUCUGGCUUCUGGAAUUUAUAGCUUUACUUGUUCACUGUGGAAUCACCAUACAGAUACUUUCCUCCAGCAGAUCUGUACUGCAGAUGAAACCGCUAUUAGCAAUUCGUUAGAGAGAACUCUGUUAUCAUUGAAAGUGCUUCGUAAAUUGACUGUUCAUGGCUUUGUGGAGCCUCAUCGAAAUGUAGAAGUCAUGGGAUUUCUACAUGCAGUAUUUGAGCGGUUAAAACAGUUUUUGGAGUGCAGCAGAAGUACAGAAGUGGUUAAUGUCUGCAGAGAUCGUCUAGAAAAAACUAUAAUUCUUUUUACUAAAGUGCUUUUAGACUUCUUGGACCAACAUCCUUUUUCAUUCACCCCUCUGAUUCAGAGAUCAUUGGAAUUUGCCGUCAGCUAUGUUUUCACAGAAGCUGGUGAAGGAGUAGUGUUUGAGCGGUUUAUUGUCCAGUGCAUGAAUUUAAUUAAGAUGAUUGUCAAAAACUAUGCUUAUAAGCCAUCCAAAAACGUGGAAGACAGCAGCCCUGAAACGCUUGAAGCUCAUAAAAUAAAGGCAUCUUUCUUCACAUAUCCAACAUUAACAGAGAUUUGCAGGCGAUUGGUCACUCACUAUUUUCUUUUAACUGAGGAAGAACUGACAAUGUGGGAAGAGGAUCCAGAAGGCUUCACUGUGGAAGAGACAGGAGGAGAUUCUUGGAAAUACAGUCUGAGGCCCUGCACAGAAGUGCUCUUUAUUGAUAUUUUCCAUGAAUAUAAUCAAACCCUUACACCAGUUCUUCUAGACAUGGUUCACAGUCUACAAGGUUCCACUAACAUAGAUGAUACCCAAACCCUGCUGAUUAAAGAUGCUGUGUAUAAUGCAGUUGGACUGGCAGCGUAUGAACUGUUUGACAGUGUGGAUUUUGAUCAGUGGUUUAAAAGUCAGCUACUAGCAGAAUUGCAAGUGACUCAUGACAGGUAUAAGCCAAUACGUCGACGAGUAAUCUGGCUAAUUGGACAAUGGAUUUCUGUGAAAUUCAAGUCUGAUUUAAGGCCUAUGUUAUAUGAGGCAAUCCGUAAUUUGCUUCAAGACCAAGACCUGGUGGUUCGUAUUGAGACAGCUACUACUCUGAAACUGACUGUGGAUGACUUUGAGUUUCGGACAGACCAGUUUUUACCAUAUUUGGAAUCCAUGUUUACUCUGCUCUUUCAGCUACUUCAAGAAGUUAGAGAAUGUGACACAAAGAUGCAUGUUCUUCAUGUUCUCUCUUGUGUGAUUGAAAGAGUCAAUAUGCAGAUACGACCAUAUGUUGGAUGUUUGGUUCAGUAUUUACCUCUACUUUGGAAACAAAGUGAAGAACACAAUAUGCUUAGAUGCGCUAUCCUCACUACCUUAACUCAUCUUGUCCAGGGCUUAGGAGCAGAUAGCAAGAACCUUUAUCCUUUCCUCCUCCCAGUUAUUCAGUUAAGCACCGAUGUUUCCCAGCCCCCGCAUGUAUAUCUUCUCGAAGAUGGAUUAGAAUUGUGGCUCGUAACAUUAGAGAACAGUCCCUGCCUUACUCCAGAACUGCUACGAAUUUUUCAGAACAUGUCUGCUCUUCUUGAGUUAAGUUCAGAAAACCUCAGAACCUGCUUUAAGAUCAUCAAUGGCUAUAUCUUCUUAUCUCCUUCAGAAUUUCUUCAGGUCAACGCAACUGAACUCUGCAAAUCAUUUUGCGAGAUCUUAAAAGACAUAACCACUGAGGGUCAAGUUCAAGUAUUAAAGGUGGUAGAAAAUGUUCUCAAAGUGAAUCCAGUAUUGGGCCCUGACCUAUUUCAGCCUCUUCUGCCAUCGGUGUUUCGUGGAAUUAUAAGUGGAGAAAGGUACCCAGUUGUCAUGUCGUCUUACCUGGGAAUCAUCGGCAGAGUCUUGUUACAAAAUAAAAGUUUUUUCUUGUUGCUUCUGAACCAGAUGGCCUGUGAAUUUGGGCAAGAGCCAGACCUGCUUCUUGGUCAUGUGAUUGAAAUGUGGGUUGACCGCAUGGAUAAUAUAACUCAGCCAGAAAGAAAAAAACUUUCAGCUUUGGCACUGCUUUCUCUUCUACCAUCCGAUAACAGUGUUAUCCAAGAUAAAUUCUGUGGUAUCAUAAACAUUUCAGUAGAAGGACUGCAUGAUGUCAUGACUGAAGAUACUGAAACAAGGACAUUCAAGGAUUGCAUGCUGAUGUCCAUUUCUGAAGAGCCCAAAGUGACAGAAGAAGAGGAGCCUCCCACAGAACAGGAUAAAAGGAAAAAGUUGCUUGCACUGAAGGAUCCCGUUCACUCUGUGUCACUGCAGCAGUUUGUAUAUGAGAAGCUAAAGGCACAGCAGGAGCUACUGGGAGACCUAGGUUUUCAGGCACUCAUGGAAACCGUGGAUGCAGAAAUAGUCACCCAACUGCAAGAUUUCUUACAGGGCUUUUGAGGAAACCGGUUUUCAGUUCCUCUUUCUUCACUUCCACUUUUAAUCUAUCUAAAAAAACCCAGCUUUAAACAAAAGAGAGAGAGAAAAAAUUUCUGUUGAAAUUUAAGAACAGAGGCUGUGGAAGUGGAUCCCCCCCCCCCCCCCGGGAAGACAAGAUUGAAAUAAUAACUAUAAAUUAUCUCAUUAGUUUUACUUUCCUGUCUCACCAGGUUGUAAUUUAUAUAUGGAAUGAACUUUUGCAUAACAGAGAUUCUAUGAAAGCAGCGGUUUCAUUUACUGUUAGUAAAAUGUCUCCGCUUUGAUCUCAACAGUCAUGUGCUCUUAAUACUCGCAGAAUGGUGGCCAUGGAGUUUCUUCCACCAGGAUAGGAAGUUGCUGAAAUUGCUGUUUACUCUUAAAACUGUAUUAAAAUUUAAGACAUUUAAAAGAACAGGGAAGCAUUUCAUUGGCAAAGCAUGUGUAGAUGUUACUGUCCCCAAUGAAGCAACGUACAUAGCAUAAAUAUAGUGAUACAAAUGGUCAAAAGUGUUAGCAUUUCCUCUAUGGAGAGCUAAAAUAUGUCUUCUGUGUGAAAAAGCAACUGAUGAAGUUAUCCAAAUUUUAAAAUUAUUGUGUUGAUCCCUGUAAGAAAAAAGAUUUUGGUAAGUUUCCUUGUUUUAUCUGUCCGAAAAUAUUUUUGAUUUAAAAUGUAGCAUGUAGACCCAGCGAUGCAUUUUGGUCUAUGUGAGAUGCAAAUUUACACUUGAUUUCCUUCUCCUAGCUUGGCAGUAUGCACUUGUAGAGAAAAGGGAUGAAGCAGUAUGCAAUUUCUGUUGUAGAAAAAAAUGUCCCCUACAAAGGCUUAAGGAUGAGAAGGGAUGUUUACCAAAGUUAUAUGAUUCUAAACAAUGGAAAGGAUGCUCUCCAAAUUAAAUAUUUGACGAACUUAAUCUGGGGAAGGGAAAUUGAUUGGAAAGAAUUCUGGGAUCCUGUGUCUUCAUAGAACUGCAUUCAUGUCUCUUCCAUUCCCCCACUCGGUCUGGUUCUCUUGGUCCUUCACCUCCUAUUUUAAGGAGUGGCUCUUUUCUUUUUGGACAAGGCUUCCUUUGUCUUCUCUUGUAAGAAAUCUAUUUUUUUAAAAGAAAACCGUUGACAACACACUAACAAAAUGUUAGUGUAAUAUUUGUGCAGAAAACUGUCAGUUGUGUGUAAGUAAAGGGGAACAAAGAUCUCCUUGCAAACUAUAUACUGUAAACUGUAUUGCAGUAUCCAGAAAUUCUGAUGCUUCCAAACAACAAAACAGUAAAAUUUUGAUUAAAUUUUC